AGCUGGGCUGGUGGACGCAGCUGGGGCUCACUUUCCUGCAGCUCCUGCUCAUCUCGUCCUUGCCAAGAGAGUACACGGUCAUUAAUGAAGCCUGCCCUGGAGCCGAGUGGAAUAUCAUGUGCCGGGAGUGUUGUGAGUAUGAUCAGAUCGAAUGCGUCUGCCCUGGAAAGAAGGAAGUCGUGGGUUAUACCAUCCCUUGCUGCAGGAACGAGGAGAAUGAGUGUGACUCCUGCCUGAUUCACCCAGGUUGUACCAUCUUUGAAAACUGCAAGAGUUGCCGAAACGGCUCAUGGGGGGGUACUCUGGACGACUUCUAUGUGAAGGGGUUUUACUGUGCAGAAUGCCGAGCAGGCUGGUAUGGAGGAGACUGCAUGCGAUGUGGCCAGGUCCUGCGAGCCCCCAAGGGUCAGAUUUUGUUGGAGAGCUACCCCCUAAAUGCUCACUGCGAAUGGACCGUUCAUGCCAAACCUGGGCUUAUCAUCCAACUCAGGUUUGUCAUGCUGAGCCUGGAGUUUGACUACAUGUGUCAAUAUGACUAUGUGGAGGUCCGUGAUGGAGACAACAGCGACGGCCAGAUUAUCAAGCGUUUCUGUGGCAAUGAGCGGCCAGCUCCUAUCAGGAGCACCGGUUCCUCACUCCAUGUGCUCUUCCAUUCUGAUGGCUCCAAGAAUUUUGAUGGCUUCCACGCCAUUUUUGAAGAGAUCACAGCAUGCUCCUCAUCCCCGUGUUUCCAUGAUGGCACGUGCCUCCUUGACAAAGCUGGAUCUUACAAGUGUGCCUGCCUGGCAGGCUAUACUGGGCAGCACUGUGAAAAUCUCCUUGAAGAGAGAAAUUGCUCAGACCCUGGGGGCCCGGUCAAUGGCUACAAGAAAAUAACUGGCGGUCCUGAGAUUAUCAAUGGGCGCUAUGCAAAAAUUGGCACUGUUGUGUCCUUCUUUUGUAAUAACUCAUAUGUUCUCAGUGGGAAUGAGAAGAGAACUUGCCAGCAGAAUGGAGAGUGGUCAGGGAAACAGCCUAUCUGCAUAAAAGCAUGUCGAGAACCAAAGAUUUCAGACCUGGUGAGACGGAGAGUUCUUCCAAUGCAGGUCCAGUCAAGGGAGACACCAUUACACCAACUAUACUCAGCAGCCUUCAGCAAGCAGAAACUACAGAGUGCCCCUACCAAGAAGCCAGCCCUUCCCUUUGGAGACCUGCCUGCUGGGUACCAACAUCUGCACACACAGCUCCAGUACGAGUGCAUCUCACCCUUCUACCGCCGCCUGGGCAGCAGCCGGAGGACAUGUCUGAGGACUGGGAAAUGGAGUGGGCGGGCCCCAUCCUGCAUCCCUAUCUGUGGGAAAAUUGAGAACGUCACUGCUCCAAAGACUCAAGGGAUGCGCUGGCCGUGGCAGGUGGCCAUCUACAGGAGGACCAGUGGGAUGCAUGAUGGCAGCCUGCACAAGGGUGCAUGGUUCCUGGUCUGCAGUGGCGCCCUGGUGAACGAACGCACCGUGGUGGUGGCUGCCCACUGCGUUACCGACCUGGGGAAGAUCACCAUCAUCAAGACAGCAGAUCUCAAAGUUGUCUUAGGGAAAUUCUACCGGGAUGAUGACCGGGAUGAGAAGACUAUUCAGAGCUUGAGGGUUUCUGCUGUCAUUCUGCACCCCAACUAUGACCCUAUCCUGCUCGAUACCGACAUCGCCAUCCUGAAGCUCCUGGACAAGGCCCGCAUCAGCACCCGCAUCCAGCCCAUCUGCCUUGCAGCCACUCGGGACCUCAGCACCUCCUUCCAGGAGACCCACAUCACUGUGGCUGGCUGGAACGUCCUGGCAGAUGUGAGGAGCCCUGGCUUCAAGAACGACACGCUGCGCUCAGGGGUGGUCAGGGUGGUGGACUCUCUGCUGUGUGAGGAGCAGCAUGAAGACCACGGCAUCCCAGUGAGUGUCACCGACAACAUGUUCUGUGCCAGCCGGGACCCCACCGCUCCUUCUGACAUCUGCACUGCAGAGACGGGGGGCAUCGCAGCUGUGUUCUUCCCAGGCCAAGCAUCCCCUGAGCCACGCUGGCAUCUGGUGGGUCUGGUCAGCUGGAGUUAUGACAAAACCUGCAGCCACAGCCUCUCCACGGCCUUCACCAAGGUGCUGCCUUUUAAAGACUGGAUUGAGAGAAACAUGAAAUAA